GUCAGCAACUCAGAGUCGCCUUGAGUACAUUGGGUAGGGCUGAUCGACGCAUGCCACAAGGACAUUACGGGCCCCGAUACGGUUUAUUCAAUCGACGAUGUUGCCGAUAAAGAAUGCCAACCGCGCCUAUCCGAUAAUCAGCACCGACUUGGCCCAUCGCCGGCCGUCUUAAUUUGUUCUGAACAAACCCCGGUGGAGUUACAUACUCCGCAGACCAAUAACAGGACAUCCCCGUCCCAAAUUGCGUUCGUCCGAACCGACGGUCAUACCUGUUUGGAUGUCUUCGAGCGUACAUUACAUCGCUAGAUGCUUCUCGAUUGCGUCCGCGGGGCGCCGGCCUCGCAACAAUAGGGACUACGCCGGCAGAGCAGGGAACAACUGCUCUGACCGUACACACUGUCUUCCAGAGUUGAAAAUCCGAGGCGAGGUUGUCUGGAUGGGCUGCGACGCAGGUAUAAUGCGAGUUUCCAAAUGCAGAAUACGUAAUUGGGGUUUGGGGGGACGUUCGGAGUCGAAAGCUAUGCAAACCUUGUACAGCAGAAGUCAGGAAGGCAUCCGCACCCACGGUCCGCAGGUCAUCGGCGAAGGAGUCAGCGUUGGUCCGGGAUGCGCCUGUGGUUUAAGUUGUGCGACAGCUAUCGACAAAUUGUAACCUGGCAUAAUUCUGUACAAUCUUGGCAAUGACUCAGAACGAGCUUUCAUUUCGUGCGCGCGAACCACCGCGAGUGCAAGGCUGUGAGGGCGUCAUGUCACGUGGCAAAUGUAAUUG